CGUGGUGAAGAGUGAUCUGGCUUCGAUGGUUGGUUUUCCUGAUUCUUUGAAAGACAAAUAGACGAAUUUACUGUUCUAGGUUGUUCCUGUGAUAUACUUAGUUGCGACAUGUUCAUUUUUUUCCAAAACACAGGCAACCAUUUACUCGAAAGUGUUUCGUGCGCGAGCAAUAUUUAUUGGAUUCGAUCAUUUUGAGAGACCCACAGUCAACUGCCGUUUACUAUCGCGCUCAUACGCAUAACUGCAUGAUUAAUCACCUGUCAUGAUGUCAUAGACGUGUUUCAAAGCAUCGCUAUCGAUUUUUUUUUGUUUAUUUGUUUGUAUGUUUCUCUCGACCAAUCGACACAAGUCUUUUUUAAGCGUUUGACAAAUUGUGUGGGAUCCAACGCGAAAAAAGAAACUUCUACAGUCAAAAGUUCAUGCCAUAUUCAGUGUAUGCUGGUCCAACUAAUGCCUAUAGUUUCGUCAAUCUCACAAAAACUUACAUGACGAUCUUGGAAUAUCAGUUUGCGCAUUUCAUCAAUAGUUUCCGGAACAACAACUUAUUUUGAACGACCUUUACGAAAUUCGUCUUGGUGUGAUCCACGACAUCAAUUCAACUUACCAUAUCAUCGAUAAACACUGGCUCUUGGGGCAUCAUCGCCAAAAACUUAGUUAAUCGUUUCACUCUGGCUGAGCUAAUCCACUUCGAAAGUUGAAAAAAUAAUAUCGCAAAAAUGUUCACGAAUUAUUUCCAUUUUUUGGCCGAGAUGAAUAUUUUAAGUUACUGUAAACAAGACACAUAGCUCUCGCAUGUCAAAACGUUCUGAGUUAAUAUACACCUGUAAUGCAAAAAUGUCAAACUUUACGUUUAACUUGUGAGUUGCCACAGUCAGAUUACCAAGUCAUAAAAUAUAGAAUGCAGCCCUCGUAGUGAUCACAAGCAUGUGUGAAACACACGUAUACUCAAAGCUCGCUCAGAGAGUGCACGCCGACAAUGGACUGCCGCUCACAGCUGUAUACUAUAAUUUAUCUAAGAAUUUGUAACGGAUCACUCUUGAUUUUACUUAAUAAUAUCAUUUUGAAAUCGACACGCUCUUAUCGCGAAUUUUACACUUGGUGAUACAUUUUAUAACACGUUCGAUUAAAAUUUCACCACAAAUGCGCAUACAUACAGACAUACAUACAUGUAAUGGGAUGGCAAUUGCCGGUUGUUAAUCAAAACAUAUGUUAAUCAACAAAAUCUAGCGGGGAAACCCAGCGAACAAAUGUGUUGGAAACAGUGUGACUAUGUGAGCAAAUCUUUUGGCUACUAAAAUACCUGCCAAAAACUUGUUACAAAACUACCAAAUUUCUUUAUCAGCAAAACAUGACAAAUUUUGUGAAGAUAUAUCAUCAAAUAAAAAAGUUGUUCAAACAGGAACUGGAUUCCGAUCGUUCAGUUUGCAUGGUAGCUAACUAUAUGCUGUCGUGAUCCGAUAUCCACCUUUCCGACAUAUGUAGAAUUUCUUGGGGAGAAAAGGGCCUGUGUAAAAUUUCAGAUCGAUACCUCAAAAAGCUAUAUACAGACGGACGGACAAUUAUGUAUGUAAAUACAGUUUUUUUGUAGGAUAUUGAAUGUAUACUUCGGAAUUUUAAAAAAUUUCUAACAUACUUAAUUUAUACUGUUAAGUGUAAAAAAAGUCGCUUGUUAUUCAACUUUAUCGAAUGCCGGCGCCUAUUUGUUUAUUGGGUUAACGCAACUAUCCGCACACUUGCAAAAACAUAUACAGAUAUAUGUCUAUAUAUUUGUAUAUAUUUAUACAUAAUACAUAAUAUAUCAAUUUAUGCGCGCUCGGUAAUUCUUCGAGUGACAUUGUAUUAACGGAACCUUUAAAUAGAACACUAUUUGUAACAAACUCUCAGUUGUGUACAGUUCGUAAGAGUGCAAGCAUCUGAAUUUCAGCAAAUCAUAAGUCAACAUGGAUUUCUACUACAUCAUCGAAUCUGCGCCCUGUCGCUCUAUUCUAAUGCUCGCCCAAUCAUUGGGUAUUGAAUUGAAUCGCAAAAUCUUAAGCUUAAAAAAUGGUGAGCACUUGACACCCGAAUUCCUGAAGAUCAAUCCGCAACAUACCAUUCCCACAUUGGUGGACAAUGGUCACUCGAUUUGGGAAUCACGCGCCAUACUCAUCUACUUGGCCGAGGCAUAUGGCAAAGAUGACUCGCUGUACCCAAAAUGCCCCAAAAAGCGGUCUGUUGUCAAUCAGCGUCUAUUCUUCGACCUCAACUUGUAUGGUUGUUUUGGCGAUUACUACUAUCCCGUCGCUAGAGAUAAGCAGACGCCGGUGCCAGAGCGCUUGACCAAACUAGAGAGUCAAUUGGAAUUCUUAAAUACAUUCUUGGACGGGCAAACAUACGCCGCUAACGAUAGUUUGUCGAUUGCCGAUUUCACUUUGUUUGCCUCUGUCACGACGUUUGCGAUUUGCGAUAUCGAUUUGAGCAAAUACCCAAAUAUUGUUAGAUGGUUGGAGAACCUCAGCAAAACACUGCCCGGCGCAGACGAAAAUCAGAAAGGUUGUGAAUUGAUGAAGGUAUAUUUUAAGUAGAGGUUUCAACCGUCCAAUCAUGAACUGUGGAGUGAGAAUAUGGAAUGCUUUAAGUGCAGUAAUUAACAUAUAGUACAUACAUAAGUGCAUAUAUAUAUACUACAGUAAUUAUUAUAAUCACAAUCAAUGUUUGCAUUAUCAGUUCAUUUUAUAUAAAUAAAAUAUUAUCUUUUUAGUACAGCAGAAUAA